AUGAAGGCAGGCAGGGUGAUGUACUCUGGGCGUAUUAUGGAUGUUAUGGGACAUUUUGAGUCCGCCGGUGUGAAAGUGGACCGCAAAGCCAAUCCUGCCGAUUUUGUGGUCGAUUUGACGCAAUACGCAGACGAGGUCAAUCCUUAUUUCAUCACCGAUGGCCCAGAUAUGGAUGAUACAAUAAGGACUGAAGACGAACCAUCGAAGGAGGUGGCCAUUGCGUCCAACAUAGACCUGCCACCAUCGCAACACAGAGAUUGCCUGGAAGUGUUCUACUGCAACAGCCCUUCUUGCCAAGAGUAUGUCUAG